UUCUGCUGCUCGCCUCCCGGGCCGUAUCCUGCUCCUCCAGGCUCUCGCUGGGCUGCAGCAAUGCUUCCUGUCCGGCUCCACUGGGCAGAGGUAAAUAUAGCAGGAGGGCGGCAUAAUUACAGCAGAGGAAGGCGAGGAGUGUGGCUGCCCUCCAGGUACCCGCGUCACGGGGAGCGGCAAUGGUAUAUGACUGGGAUUUGGGGCACCUCACCCCAAAUCAUGACCCGAUGCGGCCCUGGCUCCUUCCUUGGGGGAUUUGCUGCUUGAUGCCUGUUUUGGGGUCCAGUCCCCUUCCCAAGCAGGGAUGUGAGGUAGCACCGGGUCCUCAGGGGCUGAGUUAAAUACGGGCUGGACACGAGGAGCAAAAUAACACAUUGUAAUUGUUCGAGGUGCCUAAAAUAAGGCCGGUGAUGCACGCUUGCAUCUGGCGGGGGCCAGGGAUAUAAUUUGGUCACAGGUCAAGAGGAAAACACGUCCCACGGUAUCUGCGAGGGAAAUCGGGUGAGGAGGAGGGGAACGUUGACAGGAGGGGCGCAAAUUUAGCAAGGAAAACAGAGCGCAGGCCUGUCAGCUCAUUAACGGCCAGCCCCGCCACUUGCCCCCCCCCCCGCCACCAGGAGCUGUUUUUGGGGCCGGCGUCCCGGUGGAGGAAGCGUGGGAGGCCGCUUCCCGCCGACACCUCCGCACCCGGCCCUGGUGCCAUUGGCUGCUGGCCGCCCAGGACAGCGGUUAAAUGCCGGGGCAGCGGCGUCGGGCCGGCAGCACACGCGCUGCACGCUACCGCACGCGUCCAUGCCUUGGCUGCGUCGCACCGGCAGUGGGAUGAAGGCUGCGCUGCUGGCGCUGCUGAUGCUGUGGGCUGCGGCCUGCGCCCACCCUGUGCACAACCGCCUCUCCGCGCCCCUGGAGCCUGAGGACACAGUGCCGGGGGACGAGGUGAGGGUACUGGGCCCCCUCCUGGGCAGUGGAAACAUCGGUCACCUUCGUGCCAGCGUGGGGCCAGGGGACGGCGGUGACAGGGACCUCGCUGUUGGGAACCACGUGGAGCAGGACCUUGCCAAGCAUGACGGGCUGCCUGCCUGGCCAGGGGACGAGGAGGACGACAGCGGGGACGACACCUUGGACGGUGAGGAGGGCGAAGGGCCCAGCUAUGGCACUGCGGAUGCUGGAGGACAUGGUGGCAGCAGCAGCAGCAGCAGCAGCAGCAGUGAGAGUGCAAUGGCCCAGCACCGCUACAGCAGGUACCGUGGCAGCUUCAGGCGGGGAGGGGGCAGCAGCAGCAGCCAGGAGGACGAGGAGGAGAGCGCCGGCUUGGGCGGUGAAGGCAUGCAGGGCGACGACCCCUCAGUUUUUGACAAUCUGGGCAGAGGGCGACGUGUCCGGGGGGCCUCUGUCAGCCCCCGGGAGGAUGGGGACAGCCGGUCCCCGGAGGCCGAGGAUACUGACUCCACGGAGGACAGCCCCUCAGCCGAGGAGAAGAGCAACUCACAGGAGGACAGUCAGGCCAGCAGGUCUGGGGAGGAAGAGGACAGCCACGAUGAGGACAGGGAUAGCCCCUCCAGGGAGGCCUCAGAUGAGGAGGCCUCAGAUGAGGAGGCUAAGGAAUCCACAGAGUCCGCGGAGGAUGGCUCGGAGGAGGCAGUGAGCGCACCAGAGGGGCGCAGUGGCAGCAGGGAGGAGCGGGCGUCCCCUGAGGACAGGAGCGCACCAUCUGACCUCGACAGCGAGGAAGAGCAGAGCAAGUCCAGGGAGGAAGAGGAGGAGAGUAAGUCCACAGAGGACAGUUUGGAAUCAGAGGAGGAUGGGAACGACUCCAAACCUGAUGAGGAUGCUCCGAGUGCAUCGGCUGAGAGCCACAGCGCAUCCCCAGAGAGCAGUGACGAGGACGACGAGGAUGAAGACAACACAACAGGCGAGGACAGCACAUCCACAGAGAGCACCAACAGUGCGUCCCCAGAGGACGAGGAUGAGGAUGAUGAGCAGAGCCGCUCCCAGGAGGACGCCAGCUCUCCGCGCAGCCUGGGCAGCGAGAGCCGCAAGCGGCGGCUGGACGCCUACCACAGGAAGCCAGCCGCUGACUACGACGACAACGACUGCCAGGAUGGGUACUGACAGUGGCACAUAACUUUUUGGUUGUGUGGACGGGUUGGCUUCCUCCGGGGAAGAUGCUAUGGACAAUAUGAGUGAGGGCUGGCCAUGUGGGGCAGCCACUUGUGGGGGGAUGCUGGACACGGGUAAAACCCAAGUUCUGCAUCGCACGUGGAUGCGUCCCGGCACUCUCCCUUAAACUGCCUACCUGUGCUGCACGGGGAGCUGUGCGUGGAGUGUGUCACACCACAUCAGGAUGAGGUGUAUGUAAUAUUUUGUAAGAAAUGUACAGAAAGCAUUCUAUUGUAUCCUUUUCGUGUCAAUGGCACUUACCUUUUCGAAACUGAAACAUAUCCUGUGUACUUCUUCAUCAACAUUAAAAAAACAUCAGACCCCA